AGGACCCAUCAGCAUCUGUGCUUGGACCGUGCUGGGUGGCCCCGUGUGGGGUGCGGUUGCCGUGGGGACGGGCGCGGCGGCAGGAGGACGCGGCACUGCUGGAACGGCCGAGCGGCAACCAUCGGGCUGUGAGGCAGUCAGGGACCGUGGUAACAACUGUUCGGCGGCCCCAAACCUUCAUGAAGGAAAAUACGUGUUGAGACAAUUCAGUAGUUAUGGUAAAGGAUCAGAAGAAAGUUAAUAAGAAGGCAGAAAAAUCUUUACAGCUUCCUGUUCCUGCACAAGAUACUACACCCAAGAGUAGUUCAACAGAGCUGACAGAUUUGCAGAUUGUAGUGAAUGGAGUAGGAGAAACACAGGCAAAUCCAGUGAUAACAGAUAAAGAACCAGAAGAGGUAGAGGAACCUCCAGACCAAGAUGUUCCUGAAUACCACCAGGGGCGUAUUUUUACUCUUAUUGUAAGAAGCUAUGAAGGUGAAAAAGUCCAUGGAUUGUAUGAGGGUGAAGGGUCUGCAUAUUUUGAGGGGGGAAAUACAUAUAAGGGCAUGUUUUCUGAAGGGCUCAUGCAUGGACAGGGGACUUACACAUGGGCUGAUGGAGUGAAGUAUGAGGGGACAUUUGUUGAAAAUAUACCGAUGUUUUAUGGCCGUUACACAUGGAAUGAUGGCAGCACUUAUGAAGGAUCAAUCAAGGACGGUAUUAGGCAUGGAUUUGGAUUUUUCAGGAGUGGUACUCAUCCUGUUUCUUACAUUGGCUAUUGGUGUAAAGGCAAAAGACAUGGAAAGGGUACUGUUUAUUAUAAUCAGGAAUGUACCUCUUGGUAUUCAGGCGACUGGGUGAAUAAUGUCAGAGAAGGAUGGGGAAUAAGAUGCUAUGAGUCUGGAAACAUCUAUGAAGGUCAAUGGAAGAAAAAUGUACGUCAUGGAAAAGGAAAAAUGAGGUGGUUGACAUCUAAUCAAGAGUAUAUGGGACAGUGGGUGCAGGGCAUACAGCAUGGACAUGGCACCUACAAAUGGUUUUUUAAGAGAAUGCAUGGAUCUCACUAUCCUUUAAGGAAUACAUAUGUAGGUGAAUUUGUAAAUGGGGAUCGACAUGGCUGUGGGAAGUUCAUAUAUGCCAGCGGAGCAGUGUACGAUGGUGAAUGGGUUUGUAAUAAGAAGCAUGGCAAGGGCAAGUUUGUCUUCCAGAAUGGUCAUGUUUAUGAAGGAGAGUUCAUAGAUGAUCAUAUGGUAGAAUAUCCUGCUUUUCAAGUGGAUGCAAUGAAUGCAGAAAAGCUGAAUGCCAUCUGCUCAGGAAUUCAUUUUGGCCCUGAAAACAUUGCAAUCUUUUAUGGCUCAGAAAAAACUUCUGUUCUGGGAUCAGAUAUUGAGUUGGAUUUAUCUUCACUGGUAGACUUGUUGCCAAGGGAAGAGAGACAUGAAGAAGUGAAACAAGUAGAGUUUGCUGUGUUGAGGCAUAUUACGAAACUGAGAAGAGUUUACACCUUCUACAGCAGCUUAGGCUGUAAUUAUUCUCCUGACAACAUCUUCCUCCUGACAAAGUUCCAGUUUUGGAGAUUUCUGAAGGACUGCCAGUUUCAUCACUCCAACAUAACUCUUGCUGAAAUGGAUCGGCUGUUGAGUGGUGAUAAAGCACCACUUGAGGAGAUACAUUGUCCACAUAAGACUUCAUUGUUCCGAACUUUUUUAUCCUACCUCGUUCAUCUAGCAUUUCAUAUGUAUCAUGAAGGGCACAAAGAGAAAGGUCCUUAUCUGCAGAAGUGUUUCUCAGAAAUGAUGUCCAGGAAUGUUAUUCCUAAAGCCUGUCGUGUCCAAGGUAUCUUGUUUUCUGAAGAACAAUGUACGGAUUUUACGAUGAGCUGCAUCGACAAAUGCUGGGAAAUAUAUAGAGCUUUUCGUAGACCGAGUAGCAGACCUCCAUUUGAACCCACAAUGACCAGGAGGCGCUUCCUUUGGAUGUUGGAUGACUUAAAACUUCUCGGCAAGCAAUUAACUGCUUCAAGAAUUGUGGAAAUACUUGUCAAAGAUGGUCCCUCACUACACGACAGCAGUAACACCAACCUGGAGCAGGAGUUGGUUUUUCUUGAAUUUGUUGAAGCUCUUCUUGACUGUGCAUUGGCGUGUGUUACCCAUGAUAUGAUUAAGGAGAAAGUAGAUUGUGAGAAUCGGAAAAGAGGUAGCGUCAGAAUCGAGGGUCUCUCUGAGGGAACCACCAAUGUGUCUCUGUACCAAGAAAAUUCUCUCUCACAGACACUGAGACCUUGUGAAGAUGAAGGACGGCCCCUUCAAGAAUUUCUAUCUCAUUCCAUCCUGUCAUUUCAUCCAACUCAUGGGGACACCGAAGAUGUUCCAUCGUUCAACUUGGAUGCAGAAAAAGAACAAGACUUUUGUCCAGCAAAGGAGUUGACAGAUGAGCCCGAAGCAGCCAAAACUGAACAAGAUGAGGAAUUUAGUCUGCAGACGCGUCAGGUGCAAGUCUUUUUCACAACUAAGCUCUUUCCUGCCUACCAGCAUGAAAAAGUGCUGAGGGAAAAAAUAAAAGAAAAUCGAAUCCGGGACGCUGAAUUAGCUGAGCUGAGAAGGAUUGAGGAUGAGGAAUUGGCAAAACUUAUUGCUGGAAAAGAAGCAGAAGAGGCAAAAAGACGAGAAGCAGAAAAACUACUUGAUGCCAAGAGUGCCAGUGUGAAGGAGUUACAGAAGCCUGUCCCCUCGAAGGAAGAGGCACGCAGUGUAGCACCCUCGGCUGUUUCCAAGGUGCCUGGUGGCAAAGGUGGCAAAAGUGGCAAAAAGAAAAAGAAGAAAUAAAUCUUCUGCUGAGAACUACUGAAGCUUCAAGUAAGUAUGUGUGCUUUGAAUAAGAAAGAAACCAGUAACGAAAGACCCACAGUUGCAGUAAGCUCUAAAAUACAAAUACGAUAAAACCAUAUGCACAAGACUUGGUGGUUUCAGAGGGAAACUGUGCCUACACCAAGGGUCUUGGGAAAGUGAAUAGUCAUUUACUUGAGUGUAACCCUUUAAAUAAAGGUACAACGGAAGUCAGUAUUUGACUUGAACCUAAAUUCCCCUCAAUGUCGAUACAAAAACUGGUAUCUUGUAAUGACCAUAUGUCCCAAUGAAAUGGUUUCUGCUUAAAAUGUGCUUUGACUGAUAUACUGCAUAAAACCAAGUACAUAAGAAUUUGACAAGG